CGGCCUCCAGGUUGGCUAGGAAGCGGCUUGCAGCAGUUGAGAAUUGGAGGCUUCCCGCUCGCAGGGGGCGAAGGGACGCGUUCUUGGGGCCAUGAGCCGCCUGGGCUCGGUGCAGCAGAAGGUGCCCUGCCUCUUCGUGACUCAAGUGAAGGAGGAGCCCUCGGCCAAGCGGGAGCGCCAGUCUUUUAAAGUGUUGGCCACCAACUCAAUUAGUAAGAAGGCUUUAGCUGCAGAUAUAUACAAUGCAAUCCCAACAGAAAAGGUGGAUGGAACUUGCUGUUAUAUAACUACAUACAAAGGUCAUCCCUAUCUUUGGGCCCGACUUGAUAGAAAACCGAACAAGCAAGCCGAGAAGAAGUUUAAACAGUUUAUGUACUCAGCAGAACACUCAAAAGGAUUUACAUGGAAUAUUGAAGAAGAUUUCAGGUCUGUCCCUGAAUGCUGGAUUCCAGCCAAGGACAUAGAGUACUACAAUGGAAAGCCUUUUCCUGAUGAAAAUGGACACAUUCCAGGUUGGGUGCCAGUAGAAAAAAACAGCAAACUAUAUUGUUGGCAUUCUUCUGCUGUUGAUUACGAGUAUGAACUCGCUCUCAUUCUGAAGCAUCAUGCUGAAGAACCUGAUCUUCUAGAAAUCUGUCCAGUACCUUUAAUUGAGAUUACAGAGCAGACGCUGGAACUUAUUGGAACAAAUAUUAAUGCAAAUCCAUAUGGUUUAGGAAACAAGAAACAUCCUGUACACCUUCUUGUACUACAUGGAACAUUUAAGAUUAAAAAUGCACCAUCAAUAAAUCGCAAUGAUAUAUUAACUUGGCUUGAUGGAUGCAAAGAGGGGAAGAUAGAAGGAAUUGUGUGGCAUUGUCCUGAUGGAAAUUUAAUCAAGCUACACAGACAUCAUCUUGGCUUAUCCUGGCCAAUUGCAGAUCCUUCUUUGACGUCAAAACCAGUUACUGUCACUUUCUGUAGAGCCAAGUACAACUUUGAACCAAAGACUCUUUUUCAUUAUUUUUCAAAGUUGGAUGGACACAGAUUUAAUAGUCUUAGAGAUAUAAUAAGUGACUUAUGACCAGGUCUCUUCAGAAAAAACAUUGAACCAUCUGUAUGUUUGCUUCUUCAUUUAUAAUAAGCUAAAGAUAUGUAAAAUGUUUGUUGAAGUGUAAUAUAAAUUAUAUUAUAUCUAUACAUGCUUGACUGUAAAAUUAUAAUUAUACACACACACACACGUAUGUACAUACAGUAUAUACAUACAGUACAUAACUGAACAAACUAGUAGAAGCUAUAAAGAAAACCUUAACUUAUCAGCACUUUUAUUGUUUCAGUCCCUAAAUGUGAAAUACACAACAUGUUUUUAUUCAAGCAGUGAAAGUUAAGUAUUAGUCUCACAGGUUCUUUUAGUUUUAAAUGUACAAAUACUUCAUUUUUUAAAAAAAACUAAUAGUAUGUCCAUUUUUGCUGGCACGGUAAUAUUUAACCUUAGUAGAUUCUAUGUAGUGAAGGCAUAAAAAAGAUGGAAACUUAGAAAUUAUUAUAGAAACUAUAUAACUUCAUAGCAAGAUCUUGUAGUUUAUGUGCUGCUACCAGUAUUGGAGAAUAUAAUAUUUCAAUAUUAAUCAGUCAUGAAUAGUGUAAGUAAACCAUUUUACUUAAAAUACAUAGAAUCAGUCUGAUUCUUUGCUUCUAUGCAUUUUUAUAGAAAGGAACACUUGCACUAAUUAUGAACAGUUAAGGAAGCAACUCCCCAUUCUGGCAUCUCUUUUAAAAUGUUUAGCUAAGAUCCUUCAUUUAUAAAGGGAUUUUAAUUAUCUUAAAUAACUUUAUAACAUUUGAAGUAGAACUUUAUUUACAUUAGGAUCAUGAACAGAUAUCUGCUUAUACAGUGACUUAUUCUUCUAUGGCCCCUUUGGGGCUCCUAAAAUCUGAUGUAGAACAUUUAAUUUUCUGAAGCAGAUAUAAGGAGACACAACUCUAGUCCUGUCAAAACAAAGCAGCAUUUUAUCAUAUUCAAGAACAUCUUAACUAAUGAAAAAUGAUCUUGAAGUUUGUAACACUUUUAUUCAACAUAACGUAUCUUAAACAUUUUAAAUUAGGAAUGUA